AUGGGCCAGACUAUAGACACAGGUCACAAGCUAGAGUGGCCCCCUCACCCCCACCCUCACCAUAUGGCCUGUACUGGCAUAAGCCUGGGAGCCAUCGUCCUCUGCCUCUUGGCCUGGGCUGGCCAAGCUGCCAGUGACCGGGUAUAUAUCCAUCCCUUCCACCUCCUCACCUUCAACAAGAGCAUCUGUGAGGAGCUGGAGAAAACCCAUGAGGAGGGACCUCCAGAGCUGAAUGUUACACCUGUUCCAAUCCAAGUCAAGUCACCCCCUGUGGAUGAAAAGGCCCUGUGGAUCCAGCUGGCUUCUGCAGUGGAGAAUCUGGGGAAAGAAGACAGGCUGAAGGCCCUGGGAGUCGGAAUACUGAUCAACUUGAAGGGCCUCCACAUGUACAGCAGGCUGAGCAAGACAUGGAACAAGAGUCACGUCUUCUCCCCAGUUGCUUACUUUGGUACCCUGGCUUCUUUCUAUCUGGGAGCCUUGGACCCCACAGCCAGCAAAUUGCAGGCAUUCCUGGGGGUUCCUGCAGAGGACCAAAGCUGCACCUCUCGUCUGGAUGGACACAAGCUCUUCUCCAUCCUGCAGACAAUCCAGGGCUGUCUCGUGUCCAAGGGCAAGGAGCAUGACAAUGCCCAGCUUUUCCUGACAACAGUUAUGGGCCUAUUCACAGCUCCUGAUCUGCAAGUGAAAGAGUCAUUCGUGCAGGGCCUGGCACCCUUUGCCUCAGUCACUCUUCUCAGGUCUCUAGACUUGUCCAACCCGGAUCUUGCUGCUGAGAAAAUCACGAGCUUCAUCCAGGCUGUGACAGGGUGGAAAAUGAGCCCACCCCUAGCAGGGUUCAGCCCAGACAGCACCCUGCUUUUCAACACCCUUGUCCACUUCCAAGGUGUGAUGAAGGGUUUCUCCCUGCUGCCAGAGCCCCAGGAGUUCUGGGUGGACAGCAACACCACCGUAUCCGUGCCUAUGCUCUCAGGCAUUGGCACCUUCCAGCACUGGGAUGUUGCCAGGUACGGCUUCUCAGUGACCCGUGUGCCCCUCAGCGAGUACACCUACCUGCUGCUGAUCCAGCCCAAGAACCCUUCCGACCUGAAGAAGGUGGAGACCUACACUUUCCAGACUGACUUCUUGAACCGCAAGAAGAAUUUGGCUCCUCGGGCUGUGCACCUGACCAUGCCACAGCUGAUGCUGGAGGACAGCUACGACCUGCAGGACCUGCUCACCCAGGCCAGGCUUCCCACUCUGCUGGACUCUGGGGCACAACUGGGCAAAAUAAGUGACACCAAGCUCAUACUUGGAAAGGCACUGACCAGCAUCCUUUUUGAACUCAAAGCAAGCCAGCGACCCCCAGAGGCAAGCCAGCAGCCCAGCAUGCCAAAGGCUUUGGAAGUGACUCUCAACCACCCCUUCCUGUUUGCAAUCUGUGAGCAGCGGGCAGCCACUAUCCACAUGCUGGGCCGUGUGAUCAACCCUCAGCACAGGGUGUGA